AUGGGCACCGCCCCAGAUUCCGGUACUCUCGCGCGGCUGCUUCUCCAGAGAACGAACAUCUCCAUGUACGGACCAGAGGCCCGGCGCCAGCAGCAGCAGCAGCAGCAAUACCAGCAAAUGGGUGUCUUGUAUGCAAGAACUGCACAAGCUGAGCGCUUUGCCGUGCCUGAUCAUAUGAUUGCUGAAUGCCCGACUUUAGAAUAUCCUUCGUCCCGCGUGUCGCAAAAGGGUUCUCUUGACCGGCGGCUGACUUUACUUGGAGGUUUCUGGAAUAAGAGCCCUUCAAAUGGAAGCUGGCUUGCAAGAGCGGAAUCACAAGUCGUGGGAAUGUGA